CUCCUCUCCGUAGCGCCUUCGUCAGGGGGUUCGGCAUUCUCCGUCAGCUCCGAAGUUUCCCGAAGUCGGAUUUCUCUAAAAGUUUCGGUCCUGAAACUGCGAUUGGGGUCCCGGGCGGCUCGGGGAUCGAGCCCAGCCUGUCCUGGCGUGCCCGUAGGGGUUGUGUCGAGUCCCGGUGCGGGAAGGGAGUGGGUUUUUCUGCCUGAUUGGUCCAGGAAGAGCGUGAUUCGCCGCGGUAGCUUCGCGGAACAGAAGCCGGAUUUUCCCUCUUUCUGUAAUGAUGGAAGAAGCGGCGCUUUUUGCGCAGCAGAUGCACCCCAUGUGGAGGACCCCCCUGGCCGUCCCGGGCGGCGACCGGCAGUCCCCCAUCGACAUCGCGGCCGGGAAGAGCGUCUACGACCCGGGGCUGCGACCCCUCGCCGCCCGGUACGACCCCCGGACGUGCCAGCAGGUCUGGAACAACGGCUACUCCUUCCUGGUCGAGUACGACGACACGACGGACAAAUCCACCCUGUGCAGCGGCCCGCUGGAGGACCGCUACCGCCUCUGCCAGUUCCACUUCCACUGGGGCGAGAGCAACGCCUGGGGAUCCGAACACACCAUCGACCGGCGCCUCUACCCCGCCGAGCUACACCUCGUCCACUGGAACGCCGACCGGUACAGCCUCUUCGAGGAGGCCGUGAUGGAGGAGAACGGCCUGGCCGUGCUCGGCGUCUUCCUCAAGGUCGGGAAGCGGCACGAGGGGCUCCAGAAGCUCGUGGACGCUCUGCCCGCCGUCAGGCACAAGGACAGCGUGGUGGAGUUCACCAAGUUCGACCCGGCCUGCCUCCUCCCGGAAAACAUCGACGACUAUUGGACGUACGCGGGGUCGCUGACCACGCCCCCCCUGACCGAGUCCGUCAGCUGGAUCCUGCUGAAGCAGCCCAUCGAAGUCAGCCACGACCAGUUAGCGGUGUUCCGGAGCCUCCUCUUCACCUCCGCCGAGGAGGAGGUGCAGAAGAGCAUGGUGAACAACUUCCGCUGCCAGCAGCCGCUAAAGGGGCGAACCGUCCGCUCCUCCUUCUCCCCGUUCCUUUAGCGCCAGGGGGACCGGACGCUAACCGCUAACCCCCUCCACCCACCCACCACCAACCCCGC